AUGGCUGUGGCUUUCGUGCUGUGCAACAUGGACAAGGUGAACAUGUCAGUGGCGGUGAUCCCCAUGGCCUCAGAGCUUGGCUGGUCCGCCACGGAACGCGGCCUCGUCUCCUCCUCCUUCUUCUGGGGAUACUCUCUCACGCAGCUACCCGCCGGCUACAUAUCGACAAAGAUAGGCGGCGCUAAAGUGCUCGCAGCCGGCGUCGCGCUCUGGUCCUUCGGCACACUGAUUGCGCCGCCAGCCGCCAAAAUCAGCCUCCUGGCGCUCUGCGCGACGCGUGUGCUAGUGGGCCUGGGCGAGGGCUUCGCGCCAAGUGCGGCGACGGCCGUGUUGGCGAAGCUGGUGCCUUCGACGGAGCGCUCCCGGGCUGUCAGCACUGUUUGGGGCGGCCUGGAUGUGGGCUCCGCUGUGGGGCUGCUGUUGUGCGGCCCGCUCAUAAGGAUGUUCGGCUGGCCGUCGGUGUUUUACUUGUUCGCGGUGCUGGGACUUGUGUGGGCUGCGCUGUGGCCGCUCGUCCAACCCGACAAGAUGGACGAGGACCCGGAGAUGAUUGCGGAGCAGAAGAAGAAGGAGGUGGAGCGAGCCAUGCGCGCCGCCCUGGCCCAGGCUGAGGCGGCGGGGGGCGGCAAGCCGGGCUUCCCCCUGGAGUCGGUGGACGAGGUGCCGCUGUCCGCCACCUACAGCAAGCUGGAGAAGGGGCUGCCCCCGGAUGGCCGGGUGCCCUGGGGCGACUUUAUGAGGUCCCCCCCCGUGUGGGCGGUCACCGUAGCGCACUUCUGUUUCAACUGGGGCUACUACACUCUGCUGGCCUGGCUGCCCUCCUACUUUGAGCUGGCCCUGGGGCUGAAUGUGGAGAAGUCCUCCUUCCUCACCCUCAUACCGUACAUCGCCAUGACGGCCAUGAUGCCCUUGGUGGGGCCUGUGGCUGACGGCUGGGUACGAUCUGGCAUGCCCCUCACCCGAGUACGGAAGAUCUGCCAGGGCAUUGCCUUUGUGGGCCCUGCGGCCUGCAUGCUCGCCUGUGCCGCACUUACCCCCGCCGCUGCCGUCACCGCCAAGGCUGCCGCUACUGGCGGCCCCGUCGCGGGUCCGGUGCUGACGGCGGUGCUGGUGGGGCUUAUGUCGGUUGCGUUUGCGCUGGGCGCCUGGUCGCGUGCCGGGUUGUACUGCAACCACCAGGACUUGUCCCCCAAGUACGCGAGUGCGCUGUUGGGCAUCACCAACACGGCGGGUGCAGUGCCGGGUGUGCUGGGUGUGAGCGCGGCUGGGUACCUGUUGGACACGACGGCGAGCUGGGCUCUGGCGCUGUUUAUCCCGACCGCCAUUUGUCAGCUGUUCGGGGCGGCAGUGUACUCCGUGUUGGCGUCCUCAGAGCGGCAAAGCUGGAGCUGA